AUGGUUCCUCCAUUACAGGUCUCGCCACUCAUCAAGACGUCCAGGUGGUCAGCCUUGCUGGUUGGAAUGAUCUAUGGCAAGAAGAGAUAUGAUGAUUACCUGAAGCCCAUUGCAGAGGAGGAGAGAAUAGUAAAGGCUGCAGAGAAGAAGCAGUGUGAAGAAGCUGAGGGCAUUGCAAAACAGCUGAUAGAAGCUAGUGAAGACACCAUCAUGAAAUGAUCUGUGAAUGAAAAAAAUAUAAAAUGUUCUCCUUUCUCCUUCUCAAUCAGAAACUUUAAUUUAAAUACUAGAAACUUUAAUUUAAAUA